AUGGCAUCGAACCAGCCCGCCGGCGCCGCCGGGCCCCUACCAGCCAUGCAAGAGCUCUCACCGACGACGUUCCUCUACGACCCGCCCUCGGCCGUCCCGGACCCGAACUCACCCAAGCUCGUCGCCAUCUUUAGCUGGAUGUCGGCCCAGGACGUCCACAUUGCAAAGUACACCUCGCGGUACAUGGCCAUGUACCCGUCGGCCAGCAUCCUGCUCGUAAAGUGCCCUUUCAUCCACACCCUCUCCACGCGCAUCUCCAAGCGCCAGAUCAAGCCGGCGGUGCCCGUGAUCCGGACCCUGGCCGACUCCACCCCGCCGUUCUCCUCAGAGACGGGGCGGGCCCCACAGCUGCUCUUCCACGUCUUCUCCAACGGCGGCGCCACCAACCUCGCCAAGUUCCUCGAGCUGUACGCCGACGCCGACCGCGCGGGCCGUCUGGAGCUUCCGUCCUACGUGACGAUCUACGAUUCCUGCCCCGGCGGGUUCCACUGGAUGCGCAGCUACCGGGCGCUCUCGGCCUCGAUGCCGCGGAUCCUGGCGCCGCUGGCCCACGUCUUCAUCGGCUGGUUCUGGCUCUUCCACGUGCCGCUCGGGCGGGUCGGAUUCUUUGGCAAAAUGUGGGCGGCGCUGCGGCAAAAGGCGCUGCUGGGCAGCGAGAGGCGGCGGGCGUACCUGUACAGCAAGGAGGACGAGAUGAUUUACUGGGCCGACGUCGAGAGGCACGCGGACGAGUCUGCCGAGGUCGGGUUCAAGGUCCGCAAGGAGAGGUUCGACGGGAGUCAGCAUGUUGCGCACGCUAAGCUAGAUUCGUCGCGGUAUUGGGGCCUGGUGAGGGAUGUCUGGGAUGAGGAUUUGGCAAAGACCAAGGUUGAGCCGCCGCCGCCGACGACGACGUCUGCUGAUGCCCCGUCAGAACCAACGCCAAAGGCCACAUCUGAACCUACCAACGCGACUCCAGAACCUGUAAAGACGACACCAGCAGCACCGCAGGCUGCGCCGGAGUCUCCCAAGCCCAAUGCAGAAUCGCCAAAGGCUGCUCCGCAACCUGAGCCAACCAAAGCGGCCCCUGAACCGCCCAAACCUGCACCGCCGCCACCGGAGAUUGCGCCUGCGAGGCCGAAACGGCAACCAACACCACCUCCAACCAUUCAAUAA